AUGCUAAAGAGAAGUCCAAGCCCACCAGCAACGUAUGCAAAAUAUCUGGAUGAUUUCGAGGGAUGUGAUGAGACGCAGACGAUACCAACCACCAGCUCGGCCAAUUUACACCGAAGUUCCAGCAAGAGCAUAAAUCGCCGGCAGAUUUUGUCAGAAGGUUAUGGUAGUACAUUCGAGGAUUUCGAAUCUGUGGAAAGUAGAAGUUAUAGUGGCUUCAUGGAAAAUCCGGCCAUCAUUGAAUCACAGUACUCUGCGAAUGCAACAAAUUUUUAUGCCGGCACUUAUGUAGGAAGUUAUGAAGCAAAUUCUUUGAGUGACCAGAGAGGAUGCGCACAGAAUACGAGCAGCGAGCCAGCAAAGGAAAAUAGACCGAAAUCAAUUUAUGAAUUAAAAGAACGAGAAAAAGCUGUAAAACAUGUGAACAAAAUAUGUUAUGCGUUCGCGAAAUUCGGUGAUUGUCACUACGGUGAAAGUUGUAAAUUUUCCCAUGAUCCGAAAUUACUAGCCAAACAACAGCAGUCGCUGCAACGUAUGGUGCCUCAGUAUAAUGAUAUGGAAAGCAGUUCACAAAAACCAUAUGUAAAUGAGACCGAAAGUUCGGGCGCAACAUGUCAUCAGUUAGAGCAACGUUUAAUUGAAAUUCAACGAGAGCUUACGAUGUUAGAUGAAGAGGGAAAGAAGCCAAAGUCUUCAGUGGUUGUACCUCGGAGAAACCAGUCGAUUUUUGGUAGUAAUUCAAGGGCUGCUAUCAAUGUUGGUGGUGAUUUUAUCGUGAAAAUUGGAACAGCGUGUAAUGAUCGGCAAGAAAACAAGCGGAAUAAUUAUUGUGAGGAAACGCAUCGAAAUUUCGAAAAACUGGAGGAUAGCAACCUUAAUCGGUUAAAAAAAUCAAUUUUCAUGCCAGAAGAAAAGAUGCUUGCUGUAAGCGAUGAUGACAGUGAAGGAAAUAACAAAAGCGGAAGAAGUGAAAAGCCCCUUAAAUUGGAUGAUGUUGUUGCGGAUGAAAUUUCGAGUUCUGAUGAUGAAGAGAAGGCAGUAUCAUCGAACAAAAAAGCGAAGGUUCUCGUCACUGAAGAAAUUUCUGAUGAUUCGGAUGCGAAACAAAGUGAAGUAGGUUCACUUGUUGAAGAGGAUGGUGAGUUGAGUUUAGUAUCCGAAGAUGAAGUCCGAUGCGAUCAGGUUUCGGAUGAUGAAUGUGGAAGCAUUACUGAACCCUUAGAUCUUGCAUCAGCAGUCGAUCCGACGCAAUUAAUCGAUAUCAGUGAAGAUGAGCUAGUGGAAGAAGAUAGCGGUGCUAGCACAAGUCAAAAGCCGAAAUCUUUACGUGAUAGGCUUUCUUUCCCUUAUGUUUUUGACGACAACAUUCUUGUCUUGGAUUGCCUUUCUGACAAGUUCAUCGAUCAAGUACGAUCUGAAGGUUUUGAUGUGGCAGCAUUGAAGCAACCAAAAAAGUUGGAACUGUGCGAAUCUCUACAUAAAAAUCAUCGCCUUAUGUCCAGUUUGGAACAGAGGAAACAUGUCGAGAAUUUGAAAUCCACUCUCUUGCUUCAACAAAUGGACAGUGCUAUUAGUAAUAACAAAACAGCAUAUACCGAACUGUUGGCGGCAUCCAGGCAACUCUGUUAUAGUCGAGGAGAUCAAAUCAUUUGA